AUGGUAAAGAGUAAGCAUCGGUCAGGGAUGAGGCAGUAUAUAAAGAACAAACCAACGAAAUGGGGACUGAAGUUGUGGGUUCUGGCAGACAGUGCAAACGGUUACACUUAUGACUUUGAUGUCUAUGCCAGAAGACAGACAGCGAAUGCCCCAAGUACUAAUGGGCUUGCAUAUGAUGUGGUCAUGAAGUUAUUAUCACCCCUACUCAAUCAAGGAUACCAUCUGUAUUGUGAUAACUUUUACACAUCAGUGACACUUAUAAAUGAUCUUUUCCUUGUGGAGACACCAGCUACUGGCACUGCAGCUGAAAAUAGAAGGGGGUUUCCAGAGGAGUUGAAGAAUGGCAGAAAGUUGAGGCAGCUGAUGGCCAUCAACAACUACAACAGCUAUAUGAAUGGUGUGGACAGAUCUGACCAGCUGAUGAACAACGCUCUCUCAAAGUGCAGAAGAUGGUGGAAAGUCCUCUUCUUUCACAUGAUUGAUAUAGCUGUUGUAAAUAGCCAUAUUCUUUUCCAGAUUCACUGUGCCAAGAACCCUGACAACACAGCACUUCAUCACCCGAAAAAGUACUCAGUUGCUGAGUUUAGAGAAGAACUAGUGAGACAGCUGGCAGGCUUAGAAGAGUUUGGUCCCCCACCUGCCCACAAGCCACCAACUAGCGCACCUAACCAGUUUGAGAGUGUCCACAUGCCAAUGAUGUCGGAUGUGAAGAGGAACUGUAAGGUUUGUGAUGCAACCACAGGAAAAGAACUAAAGGUCAGGACCUACUGCGAAGCACCCCAAUGCCAGGCAUACCUGCACCUCACCAGCACCCAGGACUGUUUUAAAAUAGGGCACAGCAAGGAGUUCCAUGAGUAA